AUGGCUUCCACUAUGGAUGCCCUCAGAGACCCGGAAAAGGAUUGCCCAACAUACGACCCUACACAUGUUGAAGGACAACAGACUGCGAUAUAUGUUCAACUGGUCCUUUCACUAACUCUCGGUGUGUCUGCUUUCCUCGGAUUCUGUAUUUUGCGACCAAAAUGGAAGAGUUUAUAUGCUGCGCGCAAACGACAUGUUGAUGCUGCUGCAAAUCUGCCAGAGCUUCCGGAUACCUUUUUUGGUUGGAUUCCUAUUUUGUAUAGAGUCACAGAAGAACAAGUACUUGCAUCUGCUGGAUUGGAUGCAUAUGUUGUAUUUCCUAUCAUUUUCAAGAUGUCAAUGAAACUAUUCGGGGUCAUGUUUAUCAUGGCAGCUGCCAUUCUUGCCCCAAUAAAUCAACACUACUAUUACGUAUUCGAUCCAUUUGGAAAUACAACGAGUCCUCCCGAUAUUCCAGAUUACUCAAAGUUGGAGGGUUGGCAUGGUGGAUGGGACGGGGCUUUGACUUUAGAAGUACCAAAAGACUCUGACGACAAAUUACCUGAUACCAACUAUCUCUGGUCAUACCUUGUCUUCACCUACGUUUUCACUGGACUCGCAAUAUUUUUCAUGAAUAGACAAACCCACCGCGUAAUCAGGGUUCGCCAGGACUACCUGGGAAGCCAAUCCACAAUUACCGACCGAACAAUCAAACUUUCUGGAAUACCGGAGGAUUUGAGGUCUGAAGGAAAGAUCACAGAAUUCUUAGAGAAACUUCAGAUAGGGAAAGUGGAGAGUGUGACUUUAUGUCGCAAUUGGAAAAAACUUGAUGAUAUGAUGGACAAGAGAGUGCAAGUCGUAAGGAGGCUUGAAGAGGCAUGGACUGUACACCUUGGUCAACAACAACGUCCGAGUGUAGGACCAAUACGUACACAACACUCGGCACCUGAAGCGAAUGCUGAGGAUGGAUCGCUAAGUCAUGAGGGUGAUAAUCUGUUAGGAAGCGAUCACAUUACCUCGUACGAUCAGCCAAGACCGACUACGCGAAUCUGGUACGGCUUUCUUAAUUUUCAAAGCAGGAAAGUAGAUGCAAUCGACCACUACGAAGAACAGCUGCGAAGGCUAGAUGAUAUGAUCAGUGAUGCAAGAAAACAGGAGUACAGCCCUACAGCACUUGCAUUUGUCACCAUGGACUCCAUUCCCGCUUGUCAAAUGGCGGUGCAAGCUCUCCUGGACCCAACGCCAAUGCAGCUGAUGGCAAGGCCAGCUCCUGCACCAUCAGAUAUCGUUUGGACAAAUACUUAUCUACCUAGAUCAAACCGUAUGAUUCGUUCUUGGGCGAUCACUAUCUUCAUUCUUAUACUCACCAUCUUUUGGCUUAUUCCAGUGGCUGCCCUAGCUGGUCUUGUCAGUUUAUGCUCGAUUCGACAGGUUUGGCCGGGUCUUGCGGAUGUUUUGGAAAGCCACGAUAUACUCAAGGCUUUGGUUCAGACUGGCUUACCUACACUUGUUGUCUCAUUACUCAAUUUGGCAAUUCCAUUCUUGUAUGAUUACCUUGCAAAUAGGCAAGGAUCAAUCUCACAAGGCGAAGUGGAGCUCUCCGUCAUAUCCAAAAACUUCUACUUUACAUUUUUCAAUGUAUUCCUCGUUUUCACGGUUUUUGGCGCGGCGAGUAAGUUCUGGCCAGUCUUACAGGAAACAUUGAAGGACACAACGAAGAUUGCAUAUACGCUAGCCCAGUCAAUCUCUGAUCUCUCCAUGUUUUACACCAACUUCAUUUUGCUACAAGCUCUUGGUCUUCUACCUUUUAGGCUGCUGGAAUUCGGGAGUGUGUCUUUGUACCCUAUCACACUUAUGGGUGCCAAGACUCCUAGAGAUUAUGCUGAGCUGGUACAGCCACCUAUUUUUAGUUACGGGUUUUAUCUUCCUUCGGCACUUCUAAUCUACAUUCUAUGCAUGGUCUAUAGUAUACAGCCAGCAGGAUAUCUAGUUCUAUUAUUUGGAAUGGCGUACUUUGCUCUCGGUUAUUACACAUACAAGUAUCAGCUUUUAUAUGCCAUGGACCAUCCACAACAUGCUACUGGAGGUGCUUGGCCUAUGAUAGUUUAUCGUCUUCUUGUCGGCUUAGGCUUCUUCCAACUGACUAUGGCGGGAGUGAUUGCUUUGAGGAAAGCGUUCACUCCAGCCAUACUUGUUGUUCCUCUCAUACCAUUUACCAUCUGGUACAGCUACUACUUCCGUCGAACAUUCCAGCCAUUCAUUAAGUUCAUCGCUUUGAGAAGUAUUAGAAGAGAUAGCGAUCCAGACAUAAAUAUUGCUGGCGAAAAUAUUGGCAUCGACAGACCUCCAGGACACAUUCAGAGGAGAGGCAGCACAGUUGAUGAAGCAAGGGAAAAAGGGAUGAGAUAUAUAAACCCAAGUCUCGUUGUACCAUUAGAAAAGAUCUGGAUCAACAAGGACCCAGAUAGCGAGCCGAAUGGUAGCACUCCACAAUUGAAUCGUGAAGAAUCUGCCGCAAGUUCGCUGAGUCUUGGCGAUACCCACAUUUGGAGAGAGGUUGGCGAUGAAAAUGUAUGA